AAUUCAUGACUUAAACUCUAGUUAAUUAUACAUAAAUUACGCAAUUAAUUGCUAACUAAUAAUAGUAAUAAUUAAAAUAAUAAAAAUUUAAAUGAAAAUUCGCAAAAUGUCAAAAAAAUCAGAAACUUGUGAAUUUAAAAAAUUAGAUAAUUUAGAAAAUAAUAAAAAUAAUGAUGAAAGUAAUUAUAAUAAUAAUAAUGAAGUACAAAAUAAUAUAAGUGAAGUAAAAAAAAGAAAAAGAAAAAUUAAUAAUUCGGAAAAUAAUUUUGAAAAUAAAAAAAAGUGCGAAAAUUUGGAGGUUAAACACGUGAGUACAGAAAAUGUUGAUGACGAUGUGGGCAGUGAGGGGCAAGGGGAGGAGGACGAAGAGAGAGAGGAAGAGGAAGAAAUAAUUAGUAAAAAUGAUCAGCAAUUGACAGUGAAAUAUUUUCGAAAUAGUUUUUCAAGUGAAAAUGCUCUGGGAGCUUUGAAAAAAUUUGUUGCGCUCUGCGAUACUAAUGGCGGGAAAAAAAAUUUUGCCGAUGAAUAUUUAAAUUCUGGCGGUAAUAUUAUGGAAAUUUUGAAAUUAAUCGAUAGUGUUGAUAAGAAACAUUUAAAUAAUAUUGCUUUGGUUUUCAAUGCCUUGUAUUUAUUAAUUAUGAGGAUCAUAGCGAAUCAUCCGCAGCAGCUGUCAACGACAAUGCAAGCCUGCCGCCAUAUUUUGAACAACCAUAUUUCUCUUCUCCAUUCGCUAAUGUCGAAUUCUAGCACUCCGAAGCAGCGUAAGACGGUCCUGAAACUCCUGACUUCUAUUGUGAUGCUCGGUGACUCUUUACCCCGAGACUUGCUGACCCACUUGUCCUUCCACAGCCAAACAAUCGAUCUCUUAGUCCAGCAAACGAAGCCCUCAGACCCUGACAGCGUGCGAAUCUGCUUCAUAAACUUCAUCCUUUCUUUCCUGAUCGACAAUGACUCCUGGACCGUAAGGAGCCUGCUCGAAAAACGGGGCCUACUUGCCUCAAUAUUCCCGGACCUUAUCUACGAUCCCCCGCACAUCGUUCACCUGGUGAUGAACGUCCUAAAGAAAUACGUGCUUGAGAAUGCCUCGAUUUCGAAGACCCAAAAGUUCCAUAUCUUUACUACCCCAACGAUCCAGUCCCUCGUUCGUCUCUACAACUGGCGAGGACCUAAAGCCUGGCCCGGAGCCUCAAAACGCAAGUCCCAAGAUUUAUCUGACCCCACACCAGCUCCACAGGACAAAGAAGUCGCAGUGACUGCAGCCCAUGAGUUACUGACUACACUCCUGACCUCAACUCGCCACGGAGUCAUUUUUGCUGAUCGGAGUCUAGGAACCAAAGGAAAACAUAACCAGCGAGUAGCCUCAGUCAUCGAAUCUCUAGACCGACCCUGGGAACACUCUCGUCCCCGUGAAUUGAUCACCAAAAUCCUGUCCGCAUGUCCGGAUUUAAUAAAACUGGUCCUGACAUCCUGCGAGCCCUUCUUCGAGCCCCGCCUGUCCCUGAAGUGGAUCAAUGUCAUCUCUUUUUACCGGGAUAUCAUUUCAGCAGUCGAUUUAACGUAUCUAGAGCGUUGUCUGACAAAUUUAAAUAUCUUGCAAUGCAUCAACGUUUCUCUAACACUGGCGACACCUAUCACAAUCCUAAAAAGCGCGAUUGCUCCUUCCGUCAGCUCAGAACACCUCGUAGUACGUCACCAAGCCCUUCUGACUCUCAGCGCCAUGUUGAACAAAUUGCGUGCGCUAUUCAAAUUAGUGCACAAUCACUUUCCCACGCGGGAAUUCUUGACUUAUCGCUUGUCUAUCCAAAAUUAUUUGAUCAAACAUUUACCGCCGCUAGAUGUCAUCCUCAAGUCCUGGAAUGAUCUAGGCAAAGAGUACGUUGGCGAGUCAUCAGAAAUUGUUGAAUGCUUGGAAUAUUUACCCGGAAAAGUUGAACAUUUGGAAGCAGUUCUAGAAGUUUUAGAAAAUUAUCGUGAUAUUUUAGAUAAUUUAGAAGUGGGCCAUGAUAGUAAGAUCGAUUAUGAUUUUAAGGAAGGGGACGAUCAGAUUGAAGUUAGGGUCAGAAUUAUUGAAAUUAACUUUUGGUUGAAUUCGAAGGCUUAUGAUAUUAAUGAAAAAUUAUUUAGUGAUUGUUUGAUAUUCCUGAUUAAAUUUAUUGGGUACAAUCAGGCACAUGAUCAGGGUCAACCUGAUCUGGAGCAGGAUCAAGGUCAACCUGAACAGGGGAAUAGUGGUCAAGUUCCUGCCAAUCAAAUGAAACCUGGCCAGGCACGUGGUCAAGAUCAGUUAGAUGAUGGCCAGGAUCAGGUACAAGGUGAUCAGGAUCAGAAAAAUUUGAAUACCCGUUUAAUUAAUACAUUGAAAUUAAUUCUUACCCCAUUGAAAGCUUUUCAAAAUUCAUCUGAACAAAUAAAUAUAUGGAUUCAAUCAUUUUCACUGAUACCUAACCCCCAAAGAACGGAAUUAGCUGAAUGGUUUGUAAAGUUACUCAAGAAAAUAACGAAGUGUCCUGAAAAAUACCAGCAGAUCGUCAAGGACGCAGAGAAAGCAUUAAAAAAGCGGGAUAAGAACGUUGAGGUUAAUUCAGGAGCGAUUCCGAUCAUUUUCACAGCUGGCGUGAAUUCAUUACGUGAAAAUUACGACGAGAAUGUUAACACUUUCAUGAGUUAUGUGACAAUUUUGACGCUGCAUUGCCAGAAUGAUACAAAAUCGCUGGGACAGGUGAUAGAAAAUACCGAUCUGAAGACUAAGUACGUGGUUAGUUGGCUAGAGGGUCGCUGUAGUAGUGUGAAAAAAUAUUUUCCGUGCAAGUUGAUAGGUAAAGUGAGCAAAAUGGUCCUGGGUAAAGAAAAAAUUGAGAUUGGAGACUUGGAAACUUACGAGAUCGGUCAAAUAGAUUUUGAGAUCGAAAACUUGUUCAAGAUGAUUCUGUUCUAUUUCACCCAAAUGGUAGGGAAUGAGGACUAUGAAGUUAGAGUACAUAAUUGUAAAGUUGCCCUUUUGUGGAUUUUCAAUCGCAUCAAACGUCGGGGUCAAGCGCAUGACUGUAAUUUGGAUUCUACAGUCAGUUAUCCAGAGCUCGCGGCCGAUAAAUUAGAUUCGGGCACCGGAAAAGAAGAUUUAGCUGCCGAAGAUUCAGGAUUGAUUGACAACAUCGACUUGGCAGACCAUAAAAUGGAGCUAGAUGUCACUACUGCAGAUGUUUCUGUGGAUAAAACAGUUUUAGGUGUCGGUACAACAAAACCGGCUGCCAAAAUCUCUUUGAAUGAUGAAACCAACAUUUUCUACAAAUUCUCUAGACUUUUCGUUGACCAUCCAGCAAUUUUAAAUAAUUUUUCUUUUAUCGAAACCGGUUAUUUCUGUAACAAAGUGAUUAGUGUCGAUUGUUUCGAUAUAUUCGUCUUAAUUUCAAGUUCAAAUGAAUCUUCAAUUUUUUCUGCGUACAAAGAGAAAUUGUUGAGCGAUUUAACGCUGGCAAUCGAUGAGAAAUUCAGUAGCACUAAUGCAAUCGACAGACUUGAAUACUUUGAAAUUUUUGAAUUUGGCGCCCAAGAAAUUUAUGAUUUGGUCUCCAAAAUUCUAGAUUUGAGCUCAAAAAAAUUUUAUUCGGACUCUUUGACUACUGUCGGUAAGCUUGUGAGCAAAUUAAUUUACCUAUUGGCUGAAAAGUCAUCAGAUUUCAAUUCGAAACCAAUUUUAUUUGAAAAACUUUGGCGCCAUUUUUCAAAAUUGAAAUCUAAGAAAAUUGAUGUCAGCGCUUGGGAAGAUGCGGUCUUAAAUUUUCUACUGAAGAAUGAGAUCAAAAUUGACGAAGAUCGAUUUGUAAACAUUUUAAAGAAUUUAAACGAAUCCACAAUCAAAUUAAUUAAUUUGAUAGUUAAACAAAAUGACGACUUAAUGCCGCGAUUGACUAAAUUCCUGUCCGCUGAAGAGUUUAAAAAUCCCGGCGUCUUAUUUCCUAUUUUGUCAUCAAAUUUAACCUACAAAUGGGAUCCAGAUUUCCUGAACGCCAUUUUCUCCCACUAUGCCCCCGCCAUUUUGUCUUACUUUGACCAUGAGACUGAAGGAAACGAUUGGAUCGCUCGGUAUCCCAACGUAACCUCGUUCCUGAUUACCAACAACUUUACUCGGGAAUUGUGUCAACUAAUUGCCGACAAAUUGCUCGAAAGUCGCGAAAAACUCGAAAGUAUCGAAUGUAAUUAUUUAACUCUAGUGCGAAUUGUGUGGGAAAAACGCGCGGAAUUCGAACCAGCAGUCGAUACAGUAGAAGAGUACGUGCAGAUUUUGUUACCGAUCACAGUCAGUGCAUUAAAAAAAUCAAAGAAAGAUGAAAUGAGGUUAAAAAUGGUCAUAAAUUAUUUAUCAGAUGCGUUAGAUAAAUUGAAAAAAUUAAAAACUGGAGAUUAUUUAUUCGAGAAAAUCAUUAAAAAUAAUUCAUUCAAACAAUUUAUUAAUUUUUCAUUGAAAUAUGGAAUGAAAAUCGAGCCCCCGAAUCCGAAGAUUGAAACAUCGAAACCGACAAUCGAUAACUCGAAGCCAACAGUCAACGUAUCGAAUCUGAUCAAUGUCCUAAACUUCGAUUUCGACUUAUCGAAUUUCGAGUUUUCUACUAAAAAUCUAAAUUUCGAUAUCACAACGAGAAAAAUCGAUACAUCGAAUACAAAAAUUGAUUCGAUACUCGAAGUCUUGAGUAAACUAUUGGAUUUAACAUACCGCGAUAAUUCACCAGAUAAUUAUAUCGAACAAAUUUAUGAAAUGACCAGAACAAAUGCAAAUUUUGAUGAAAUCCUUUUGAGCAAAUCAUCAACCAAAACUUCAUUGUUGCGAUUAUUUUCGACACUUUGUCAUAAAGUUCCUUCUAAAAUCCACGCAGACGAUCUGAAAGUUCUAUUAUCAGCUUACGAAGCGACCAUGAAACCUGCAGACCAACAACUUCUAGAGAUUUUCCAAUUCUACGAGUCCCGGGGUUUCCAUUUGAACCCGCACGCACUUCUCUGGGGUAGGGCAGCGGUUAAUUAUCACUCGAGUGUGGGUAAUGUAGACACUGCACUUUGGCGGCAAGUUACCGGAAGCCAGAUCUUGGAUUUGCUUGACGCGGACAUGGUGGCACGGACAGUGCAAUUCUAUCCCAUAGAUCGAGGACUACAAUCUGCGAGCCUGGCGGUCGAUUAUGCAGAAAUUUAUGACCCCGCGUUUUACCUUCCGCUUUUCGUAAGCUUAUCGACGACGGAUAAGUUGGUACCGACCCACAAGCUGGUCAAGAGUGGCGCGAUGGCUCUAGUGUUCAGCGCUUGCGCGAGUACGCACUCAGAAGUCCGACUCGCUGCUUACACUGCACUCUCGCAGUUUUAUUUCCACUUGGACGCUGCUAAAAGUAAAGAUAAGCUUUUGUGGAUACGUUGCAUCGACGCACUGCGCAAUGGAAUCAACCAGCUGAUGGAGUCCAAUAACGAAGACUUCAGCAAACUGGAAAACGUUCGGCUGAGUAGUCUAAUAACGACAUUUUUAGCUCGGGCCUCGUUGAUUUCCGCCAAAGAGGGAAAUUUGAUGUUCGCGCCAAUCCAGGGAUACUUUAUGGCCAAGCAAGCGCUGGAUCUCAAAACCAUUCCAGAGUUUCUGACGCUGUUCCAUAGCGCGGAUGUCAAUCAUAAAAUCUAUCGUCAUUGGAUGCUUGAGUGCGUUAGGGACGGACUCAAAUGCUACGAUGACGUCAAAUUGGCUUUGAGGAUAGGGAUUUUUAAAAUGAUCAUGGAUUUCUAUGGCUGUGUGCUUGCCGAUAAUGAUACUAGAGCUCUAAUUCUCCAAAUCAUUGAGGCGACUGUUAAAAUUCCUCGUUCCAAUUUUAUUCUAAUUAAAAAUUAUAGUCUGUUUGUUUGGCUCCAUGAACUAACCUCAAAAUUAGACAAACGUAAUCGGCAAAUUGUUAACUUACUGUUCAAUAUUAUUGGACACUUAUUGGAUAAUAAUAAUAAUUCUAAAUAUAACAAUAAUUCUAAUAAUAAUAAAAAAGAUCAUGAAAGUAAAAGCCAGGAGGAAUAUGGAAAAUUUAUGAUUCUGAUGAUUUUGAAGAACUUGAAAGCUCUUCCAUCUCAGUAUCAUCAGAAAAAUCAUCAGAUUCAUCAGUAGAAUCAUCAGUAUCAUGAUCUGCUUGAUGCUCAGGUUCAUUUAGUCUGUAAAUAUUAAAUAGAUUAUUUAAAUAAUUUUGGAAUUUAAAUUCUAUAGAAUUUUAUUCCAUUUAUAUUUUAUUAGAUCUAGAUUUUAAAUACAUUGUAAUACAAAAUUCAUAAAUUCUAAUAAAAAAUUUAC